AACUGAGGUGCUGUGGUGCUUUAGGCGAACUCUUCUGCCUUACGCUGCGAUCUUCCUUGAUCUUCCAUCAAGAUGCCUCUAGCCGCUGCCGCUUUGAAACUUGAGGACCUGAAAACAGCACCGUUUGACCCCAGGUUCCCAAACACCAACCAAACUCGGUACUGUUACCAGAGCUACGUGGACUAUCACAGAUGCCAGAAGAUUCGCGGUCAGAACUACGCCCCCUGCGACUACUUCAAAAAGGUCUUCCACUCGAUCUGUCCCAAUGCUUGGGUAGAGAGAUGGGACCAGCAGAGGGAGGAUGGUACAUUCCCAGGAAACAUUUAAAAUGUAUGGAAAAUUUUAGAUCAAAAUAGUUGUCCUGUAGGUUUUUUCAUUCUAUGUAUAUAUUACAUGUUAGCUUCGAGCCGAUAAUAAAGUUUUUGUUUUAAAAUGUGA